CAGACUCAACAAGUUACCAAGCAACAACUGUACUUUCGUUUGCAUUACCCUGCAGGCGAUCUGCAUUUUUUUGCUUUCCCACUCAAGCCACUUACAGUUUACUCUAAGUUACAGAGAGAUGUGCUGACAGUGCGACAACUUCUGGAUUUGAAUGGCAUCGAUUGUAUCUAAAGGCACGGUGCAUGUAUGAUCCAUGCUGUGUGAAGAUCCGCCAGCGAACCAAGUCUGCUGCUUAGGACGAAAUGUCCCCGUUAUUCAUGGAUGCCGGGUACAUGACCAGCAGUCCCGAGUCCAUGUCUGCUGAGGAGAAUCACAGCAGCAACGCUGGAUCGGAGAGAGAAGGAGAAGGACAACUGGUGGGAAACAGAGGGGCAAGAAGGCAAGAGAAGAACAGAGACGCUGCAAGGAAGAGUCGCAGAAAGCAAACAGAGAGAGCCGACGAACUUCACGAGGAGCUGCAAAGUCUGGAGCGAUCAAAUUCAGCGCUUCAGAAGGAGAUUGCCUCAUUAAAGAAAGAAUUCCACCACUAUACCACGGUUCUGGAGUGUCACGAGGCUUCCUGCACCCUCAGAGCCUCUGCAGCCACCUCGACAAGCUACCUCUCAGUCUCCUCUUCUGGUGACUGUCGAACCCCCUCCAGCUCUCUUCAGCACUCAAGCUCCACUCAAGCUACUGCCCCCUCAUCCUCUACCUCCUUGACCGCCAGGCUUGGCCUUGACUGUGCAGAAAGCUCUCAUCUCACUUCUUCAACUUCUGCUCCACCGGCUACAUCAUUAGAAUCAUCUGCUCAGCUUUUCACUCCCUCCAGCUCUGUUACUAACCCUUCCUCUGCGCCUUUCUCUACUGUCCCUUCUCCUCACUCUUUGUUUUGCAAAGAUCCUCCAUCCUUAACUCCACCAAGGAUGACAAAAUCUAUGCCAGUCUGCACCAGCCUCAUUUCAAGCUCAGUGCCCUCUAGUUACAUCAGGACACCUGAUCAGCCAAGCACAAUCCAUGAAAGUUCUCCAUUAUCAGAAAAGGCAUGUUCCUCUACUCAUACGGUGGGUGCCUUUCAAGCCUCCUUUGCAUCCCCUUCAUUGAAUGCAUUGCCACCUUAUUCCUCUUCAGUGCCACAGCUUCAUCCAGGAAGCUUCAAAGAAAAUUCAGUCAACCCAAGUCCAGUGUGUUGUCUUUCAUUAUCAACGCCACAAAAUCCUGCUCUUCAGUCCCACUCGGUUUCCCCUCAGCCAUCUUUUCCCGUACAGGCGAGCUAUAGUCAACACAAUACAACCACUUCUAUGCCGCUACUUUCCCUGCUCACUAACCCAGCCCCUGUAAAUGCCUCCCAGACUACCUCCAACAGCUUUGAAGGUCCUCCCUCUGAUGCCCCACUCCCACUUCAACAUUCAGGGGAUCCUACAAUGGAUUCUCUUUCUGAGUUCCUGGAAAAAAACGAAUGGAUACUAGGGAUGCACGAUAAUUAUCUGUUCCGAUAAAUUAUCAGCUGAUAUUGCAUAUAUUUAACAGAUUUUUAUGAUCCCCAUAAUGAAAUAUUAACCGAUAAAAUCCACCAAUAAUAAAGGCGUUUGUUUGCUUUCUCACGAGACUACACAUUGCAAAACAGUAGGUGGCACCGCAGUACGAGACCCGCUAUUAAGCACCAGAGAAAAAGAGGAAGCAGCCUCAGUGCUAAGAGGCUUAAGCCUUUAUGCUUCUGCGUCAUGUCGACGGCGUAGCUAUGUGUAGCCCUCUGCAUUGAUGUGGACCCCUACGCUGUAGUCUGACGUGCACCUCCAAAAAAUCCUAACUAUGCAUCGCGGCGCUGCGGACCGCAAGGGCUGUGAUUAGUCCGCUCAAAACGUCAUUCACCUGUUCUCAGCCUCGACUCGUUUAGUGGUCGUACAGACCACCUCCGCAAACGUCUUCCCUGUUGCCUGCGCUUCAACAUUUGCAACAAAAGAAUUUGUUCAUCGAUAUUGAUGAGCUACAACUCUAAACAUACCUGCUCCACCUUGGUCGCCAUUGUGACCGAGGUGGACUGGGAGCAUGUGACCGGAAGAUAAACAAGGAUUCAGAUGUGACCCCUCUGAAACCACACACACACACACACACACACAGCCACCCUCCCCCUAGUGGCAUGGUGGUGAAUUGCAGAGUGAAACGUUCCCUCAACGCAGAACUUCGAAUGGUCAACGACGGUGCCGUCAACGCAAUGCAGAAGCAUAAAUCAGGCUUAACAACACAGUGGAGUUAUUCAGUAUUUAUGGGGAGGAUAACACGACAGUUUGUAGAAUUUGACCUUUAAAGGUCCCAAAGAGUGGCAAGAAGUCAUUUAAAAGUCUUCAUUCUAACGGCGUUAAAACGACGCGGCAGUAACUGCUAGCCUCAGCUGUGGGCAUUAGGACCAAGCAAAAGGCGAAAGGUUAACAAUAACAAAAUCAGUCUGACAGUCUUCUGAUCCACCGCUGCUUUCAUAGACGUAUCCCUGCCUGCUCUGUUUGAUGUGGUUUCAUUCAGUCUGAUCAACGUUAGGAUCAGAAGUUUAGCCACAGACUACCGUGUAACAUUUGAACCUGUCUCUGAUAUGACUUAUUUCAGUGAAUAUUUUUAAUCUUUAUGUAAAACAUCAGCUCUCUUUAAUUCUGACUUAAACAGUAAAAAAAGAGACCCCCAAGCAUCUCUGUUUGUUAAGCAUGACAGCCUGCUAUCAUUUGAUUUUAUGUCUGAUUUGACAUAAGUCAGCUGAAUUCUUGUUUAGUUGAUUUGAAAUGUCAGAUUUGACCACUUGACAAGAUACUUUAAUUCAUUUCAAGGGAAAACCUUUCAGUUGUUUGUGUAUGUUGUACUUGGUACACAAAUGUUUAACUAAAAAAAGUUAACUAUGAUAACAGUUACAAAGUCAGAAUUGUUUUUUGAAAAACACAGGUGAUACUAGUUAGAAUUAGUUAUAAAUAUCUUUGCUCACUAAACUUUAACCCCUUCUUACCCCCAGAUGUGCAUAAAUACAUAAAAUUAACUUCUUUUGUUAAAACAACAGUUGAAAAAAAUGAUCGGUUCUUAUCGAAUAUCGGCCAUCAGGAGUAGGAAAUUAUCGGUUAUCGGUUAAAAAAAUGCUUAUCGUUCAUCACUAAUGAUACAACAGUGAACAUAUUCAGCAGCACUACAUUUCAUAUAGCAAGGAUGACCAAAUCCACUGUGGCAGGAUUGGUUUUCAAUUCACAUAUAUUAUAUUUAAAUAUUUAUCUUGACUGGAUUAACAAACUUGUUAGUUCUCAGCCAAGAUGAUACAGAGACAAGUCCGAUGACCAUGGAUGUUUUUGUCUUUCCUAAAGGAGCAACAGCCUGUUUGGAAACACUGAACUUAGCUGCUACAUCAGCAUCUUUGGAAUUAUGGCACUGAAAGCUGAUACACUUUUCUGUCUUACAUCUGUAUGAAAAACUGGACAUGUUCAGUGCCAAACCAAUGCAUAGUUGCUCAUAUGACUGAUAACUUUGCCUUUUUAGGGAUGCCUCUGCGCUGAUGCUAUCCCCCUAAUGCAGUGGUUUUCAACUGGUCAGGCAUUGGGACCCACCACCUCCUCCUUAAGAGAAAGAACGACCCAAACCCCCCCCCAAAAAUCAUUUAUUUCAUGAAUGUUGGUUAAUAAGUAUUCUUGGCUACAAAACAAAUGUUCACGUUUGGACCCUAAAUAGAAAAACAGACAAAACAAACAUGUUAGAGAAGCACAUUAUUACAGAAAGAUUUGCAAAUGUACAUAUUAUUUUACUCCAUUUUCUCCAGAUUGCAUGGAAGUUUGGAAAGUUCUCGAAGAAUUUCCCUGUUAACUUGGGUAAACCAGCUUUAUUUCCCAACAAAAGGGAGAUAAAUAGAUAGAAAUCUUGAAAAAAAUACUAAAUUUUACUUCUAAUCAUAGAAAAACCUAAGAAAUACAUGCAUGAAACUACUGUAUGCCCACUUAGAGCUUCUGUAGAUAAAGUUUUUGUCACAUUUUUUCCCCGGGCAGAUAUUCGCGACCCACCAGUUGAGAACCACUGCCCUAAGAAGUUAAUAUUUUUCAAUCCUUCAGCUGCUAAAAUUUGUAACUUUGCUAAUCACUGAGCUUCUGCCCUUGUUUACUGACCAUGAAGAUGAAAUGUGAAACAUACAUGGGAUAAAAUCCUGCAGCAAGCAAGCUUUUGAGUUUGAACAUUUUAGGCAUUAUACUUUCAUUUGUUCAGAAUUGAAGAUCUAAAUAACUGACUCAACAAUUGAAAAACAUAACUUGUAAUUUCAGUCAGGGUGGAGUACUCACUUCCCUGCAACUUCAAGGAAAUGUCUUUAGGACAGACUUCUAUUUUGGCAUCUCUGAGUGAACAGUAUGAGUGACCAUAUGCCUACUAUUCCUCUUUUCUGCUAUUCUUUUCACCUUGUGCUGGAUUGCACAACUGAAAAUGCUCUUGCAUAUUUUACAGCUACUAAAAUGAAUUUAUUAUUUUUUCAAUCAAGACAGAAGUUCAGUCCAUUUGUUGAUUCAGUUUUUGAUCUGAUUCUUUUUUUUUUUCCCUGCAGUAAAUAAAAAAAAUACAGUCAUGUGCAUACAUUUUAGGCAGGUAGGGCAGCAAGGAUUUAUCAUGGGGCCUGAAGGGCUGGAGGGUGUAGAGGUGGGUGGCCAGAGUCAAGUCAAGUCAAGCUCCAUGCAUGUCAACAAAUGCGCCAUUUGGCAGCCACGGUCAAGCUUGACUGCAUCUCUUUUGUCCAGGAUUUUUCACCCCAGCUAAUACGCCCAGAAACAGCUGGCAAUUUUCCCUCUUUGGGACAUCCACAGCAUGACCAGGGGCUCGUUGCAACCCUACUACUCGCCUGGUACCCUAGGCUGGUACCCUUGGUGCCCAACCUGGGGCCGUGGAAUUCAGGUGGGGCUGCAAGGCUCUGUUUGCUUUGAGGCUGUUAAAGUAAGAUUUGCGAAUAUUAACUAAAAACACAAUAAAACACUUAAUAAUUGUUUAUACAGAGGUCUUUUGGUAAGAACAUUUGGGGUUGUGGCUAUUUUGCUUGGAUUUGAAUAGUAAAUAUAAUUCAAAUUGAAGUUAAUUUUUGACUGCAGUGCAUCAGUUUUUCUUGCACAUCAGUCCAAAAUUUUCCAAAAUAGGGGGGGCUCAAAGGAAAAAAAGGUUGGGAACCACCACCCUAAGUCUUACUUGUUCACCACAACCAUUCCGUACUCUGCCCUAAAGGUGUGCACUGUAUUUUUUUCUAGACAUUAUCUUCCCAUGCCAUGGUGAUAUGCCAGGACAUCCGGAGUGCACGGCGGGUUGUGUUAAUCCUCCUCCCCCCUGAUUGUGCCCUCAGGUGGCUGACUUGCUACAUCUACACCUUAC